AAGAUUCACAAUUCUUUACUCCUUUACCUUUUUCAUAUUAUUCUGAUUUUCCUUUUAUUUCUGCUACACUAUUAUCUUCAUCAUCUAAUACUGAAGCACCAAUGCCAACUGAAAACCAUUCCUCAUAA